GGAGCGAUCUUCGAGCAGGGCACGGAUGAGGUUCAAUCUGCCUUCAAGUUCGCAAUGCUGACACACAAUCAGAACUUGACCGGCAGGCGCUUCGAGCUGCAAGCUUACGUCGACGUCAUCAACACGGCUGACGCCUUCAAACUUUCUCGUCUCAUUUGCAACCAGUUUUCGAGAGGAGUUUUUGCCAUGUUGGGUGCAGUGAGCCCUGACUCCUUCGAUACGCUUCACUCCUACACAAACACGUUUCAAAUGCCCUUUGUCACUCCUUGGUUUCCGGAAAAGGUGCUGGCACCAUCCUCAGGGUCUCUGGACUUUGCUAUUAGCAUGCGGCCGGAUUAUCAUCAAGCUAUCAUCGACGUGGUUCGAUAUUAUGGCUGGAAGAAGAUAAUCUAUUUAUACGACUCUAACGAUGGGCUGCUGCGCCUGCAGCAGAUCUACCAGAGCCUGAAGCCGGGGAAGGAGUCGUUCCAGGUGGAGAGCGUCAAGCGCAUCCAGAACACGUCCGAGGCCAUCGACUUCCUGCACUCGCUCGAGGAGCUCAGCCGAUGGGGUCAUAAAUACGUGGUGCUGGACUGCCCUACUGAUAUGGCAAAAGAAAUUGUGGUGAGUCAUGUGCGUGACGUCACCUUGGGGAAGCGCACAUACCACUAUUUACUCAGCGGCUUGAUCAUGGACGACCGGUGGGAGAGCGAGGUGAUCGAGUACGGCGCCAUCAACAUCACCGGCUUCCGCAUCGUGGACUCGUCGCGGCGCUACGUCAAGGACUUCCUCGAGGGAUGGAAGCGCCUCGACCCGUCGUCGGCGCAGGGCGCGGGCCGCGAGUCCAUCUCGGCGCAGGCGGCGCUCAUGUACGACGCCGUCUUCGUGCUGGUGGAGGGCUUCAACAAGAUGCUGCGCAAGAAGCCCGACCAGUUCCGCAGCAACUUCCGGCGCGGCCAGAUCUUCAACAACGGCUCCCGCGGCAUCGACUGCACGCGCGGCGAGACGUCGCGCUGGGAGCACGGCGACAAGACGGCGCGCGUGCUGCGCAAGGUGGAGCUGGAGGGGCUGACCGGGGAGGUGCGCUUCAACGAGGACGGCCGCCGCCAGAACUAUACGCUGCACGUGGUGGAGAUGACGGUGAACAGCGCCAUGGUGAAGGUGGCCGAGUGGUCGGACGAGACGGGCUUCAACGCAGUUGCCGCCAAGUACACGCGCCUCAAGCACGACAUCGAGCGCAACAAGACCUACAUCGUCACUACCAUUGUGGAGGAGCCUUACAUCAUGUUACGGACGCCCGAGCCAGGAGAAAAUCUGACGGGCAACGACAGGUUUGAGGGCUACUGCAAGGAUCUGGCCGAUCUCAUAGCUAAUUGGCUGGGCAUCAAUUAUGAACUGCGCAUCGUGAAGGACGGGCAGUACGGCGCCGAGAACCCCGACGUGAAGGGCGGCUGGGACGGCAUGGUGGGGGAGCUCGUGCGCAAGGAGGCAGACAUCGCCAUCGCGUCCAUGACCAUCACGUCGGAGCGGGAGCGCGUCAUCGACUUCAGCAAGCCCUUCAUGUCGCUGGGCAUCAGCAUCAUGAUCAAGAAGCCGGUGAAGCAGAAGCCGGGCGUGUUCUCGUUCCUGAACCCGCUCAGCAAGGAGAUUUGGGUGUGCGUCAUCUUCUCGUACGUGGGCGUGAGCAUCGUGCUGUUCAUCGUGUCCCGCUUCUCGCCCUACGAGUGGCGGCUGCUGCACUACCCCGAGGAGGCGCACGCGGCGGCGGCGGCGGCCGGCGGGGCGCCCGCCUCCGUCGCCAACGACUUCUCCAUCCUCAACUCGCUCUGGUUCGCGCUGGGGGCCUUCAUGCAGCAGGGCUGCGACAUCUCGCCCAGAUCCAUAUCUGGGCGCAUCGUGGGGAGUGUUUGGUGGUUCUUCACCCUCAUCCUCAUAUCCUCGUACACAGCCAACUUGGCCGCCUUCCUCACGGUGGAGAGGAUGGUGGCGCCCAUCAACUCGCCGGAGGACCUGGCCUCGCAGACCGAGGUCCAGUACGGCACGCUCUACCACGGCUCCACCUGGGACUUCUUCAGGCGCUCCCAGAUCACGCUGUACAGCAAGAUGUGGGAGUUCAUGAACUCGCGCAAGCACGUGUUCGUGCGCACCUACGACGAGGGCAUACGGCGCGUGCGCACCUCCAAGGGCAAGUACGCGCUGCUCAUCGAGUCGCCCAAGAACGACUACACCAACGAGCGGGAGCCCUGCGACACCAUGAAGGUCGGGCGCAACCUGGACGCCAAGGGGUUCGGCGUCGCGACGCCGCUGGGGUCGCCGCUGCGCGACGCCAUCAACCUGGCCGUGCUGAAGCUCAUCGAGAACGGCGAGCUCACCAAGCUCAAGAACCGCUGGUGGUACGACCGCACCGAGUGCAAGCACAGCGACAAACAGGACGCGUCGAGGAACGAGCUGUCGCUGAGCAACGUGGCGGGCAUCUUCUACAUCCUCAUCGGCGGCCUCAUCCUCGCCAUGGCCGUCGCGCUGCUCGAGUUCUGCUACAAGUCGCACUCGGAGGCGUCGCGCGCCAAGAUCCCUCUGUCGGACGCCAUGAAGGCCAAGGCCCGGCUCACCAUCGGCGGAGGCCGCGACUUCGACAACGGGCGGUUUCAUGUCAUGUGGCUCAAAUUUGAAUUUUUGCUUCCUCAUUUAAUAUUUCUUCUCGACUUGCUGUGUGGUGCAGCGUGUUCCUUAGUUGGACGCGUGCUGUGUUGUCUGUGUCUAGUUGCUCUGGCGGAAGAUGUAGUGUGCGUCGCCGCCGGCAGAGUGCUACUACACGCCAGCGAACCAGAUCAACAGCGUGGAAGGCGACCAGGUGCACAGCAACACACAUACGCAAGUGUGAGCACGCGGCCGCUGCGACGUCGCCGUCGCCGUCGCCUGCCGCCGCCGCCGCCGCCGCCGCCGUCUGCGCCGCCCACGUCCCGUGGGAAGGGGGCGGGCCGCGCCCGCUGCCCCACGGGCGCCAGUCCGGCGCCCGGCAUUUGUUACGUGUGA